GAAGAACCUUUCCUUUUUAGGAUGGCUUACAAACUUUCGCCCACUUAGGAGUCACUCUUGAUAAAUAGAAAUGCAUAUGUAAACUUAAUUCAUGUUAACUUAUCAAGAAUUAUCUACUGAAUGUCAUGAUUUGUACAUUUACUCAAUUGCAAGUACAAAUAAUUGAUUGAAACUGAAUUGUGUACGGAUUUUCUUUUCUUUUAAAUAUCUUUGGAUUUCUUAAGUAAGAGGUGUGUCCCGAGCAAGGAUGGUGCAUUAGUUGUUUGUGAAAUCUGAUUCCGCUUAUUUCUUAUCUGACGACACGUAAAAUUUUGUCCUGCAAUUUCGUAUCUUCGAAUAACUAUAUAUCUCAAUCACAUUUCCAAGUGAUACAGACAAAUUGAAGCUAGAAGAUGAUAGCAGAUGGCUAUCUUGUUGGAGACGGCUCCUGGGAGCUCACAGUCUUGGUCACAGAUCUGCAGGUUGAAAGAACUCUCAGAGUCAAAGGGGACCUCCAUAUUGGUGGACUUAUGCUCAAUUUAGUUGAAGAGCUUGAUGUUGCCAUUGAUUGGUCUGAUCAUGCUCUAUGGUGGCCAAAGAAAAAUAUUUGGUUGUGUCGCACUCGAUCCACUCUAGAUCAGUGUGGUAUCCAAGCUGAUGCUUAUCUGCAUUUUACUCCAAUGCAUAAAUAUUUGAGACUGCAACUGCCAGAUUUGCGAUUUAUUGAUAUAAAGGCUGACUUUUCUGCUAAAACAUUCACUGCAGUGAAAAAGCUAUGCAAGGAGCUUGGCAUAAGACAUCCAGAAGAAUUAUCUCUAUGUCGACCUUUGACAUCUGAACAUUUGAAAAGAAAUUAUCCUCGUGGGGUGGGCUGUACUCCUCGCCAGAGAAGCAAGGAACCAACUGCUGGGAUUAACCUUAGUCAAAAUAACAAUAACAAGUCUGAUGGUUUCUUAACUCCAGACACAUCUGGGUCAGCUGGAACUCCUUUGAAUACAUCAUGGAAUGAUGGAAGAAAUUACUCACCAUCUACAGCUAUGUUCAAUGGAAAUUCAUCAUUUCUGAAUUACUCAGCGGAUAGCAGCAUGUCUGCUACUGAUCUUCCUCUUGCUCACAGCCCUAGAACUCCAAAUGAAGAAGCCCGACAUAGUGUCUUGCGUCCCAAAAGUUUGGCAGAAAGAGCUCGUUUGAAUGCUGGGUGGUUGGAUUCUUCUUUGUCUAUCAUGGAACAAGACAUUAGAGAGUUUGACACCCUUCUGCUAAGAUUCAAGUUUUAUUCUUUUUAUGAUUUGAAUCCAAAGUAUGAUGCUGUGAGAAUCAACCAGAUUUAUGAGCAAGCUAAAUGGGCAAUUUUAGCUGAAGAAAUUGAUUGUACUGAAGAGGAAAUGAUGCUCUUUGCUGCAUUGCAAGUCCAAGUCAACUUGCAGGCAAACCAUCCCCAACCAGAUAUAUAUCAUGAUGAUGAAGAUGUCGAAACAGCUUUAACAGAUCUGCAAGUUACCUUGGAAGGCACUUUGAUCAGCAAAGGGAAAUCCAACAUCACUAAUGUGCCAGAACUCUCGGACUAUUUAUCAUUUAUGAAGCCAAAACGUUUCACCUUGAAAGGCUUUAAAAGAUACUACAUUGUCCUCAGAGAUACCUAUCUAAAUUUAUACAAAUCAAAAGACAGUGAACCAAAUAUGAGCAUUAGUCUGAAAGGUUGUGAAGUUACUCCUGAUGUGAAUUUGUCUCAUGGGAAGUAUGGCAUUAGGCUUGAAGUCCCUAAUCAUGAAGGCAUGACAGAAUAUUGGAUCAGAUGCAGUUCUGAAGAGCAAUAUGCCAAGUGGAUGGCUGCUUGCAGGUUGGCAGCCAAAGGCAAGACAAUGGCUGACAGUUCUUAUGAAUUAGAAGUGAAAUCUAUCCAAGAUUUCUUAAGUAUGCAAAAGCCAGCUCCUGCUGCUGUCAUAAGCCCUUCUCAGAUUGAUAUCAAUCCUGAUGACAUGGUUGCUCCUCGCUUUAUACGGAAAUUGAAAAGCCAAAAGAUUAUUCAGCGUAUAUUGGAGGCUCAUGCUAAUGUAAAAGAUCUGAACCUUAUGGAGGCCAAACUGAGCUACAUCAAGGCUUGGCAGGCACUUCCAGAAUUUGGAAUGUCUCUCUUUGUUGUGAGGUUUGAUAAUAGCCGCAAAGAUGAGCUGCUGGGAAUUGCGUUUAACAGACUGAUGAGAAUGGAUCUCUCUACUGGUGACCAUAUCAAAACUUGGCGUUAUAAUACGAUGAAAGUGUGGAAUGUAAAUUGGGAAGUCCGACAAGUGCGUGUCCAAUUUGAAGAAGAGAAUGUUGCUUUCAGUUGUCUGUCUGCUGAUUGCAAAGUAGUUCAUGAAUUCAUUGGUGGUUAUAUAUUUUUAUCAAUGCGAUCUAAAGACCAGAACCAGACAUUAAAUGAAGAUUUAUUUCACAAGCUCACUGGUGGUUGGGUAUGAUAUGGUCUGUGUUGCCAAGCUGUCAAAUGCUAUUUUGUUAAUAAAAAAACCUAUGCCAUUUCUUUUUUAAUUUUGAGCGGUUAAUGACAGAUUUUUUUUACAGCAAAUAUUUUAUUUCAAAAAGCGAAUAUGUAAACUUGCUGCUGUGCUUGUUUACUUUGUUAUAUAUUUUCAGCUACAAAUAUAUUUUAGAUAUUCUAAGACAAAUCGUUUUCAAGAUGUUCUCAUUUGUAAUGAAAUUUUUUUUAAAGCCUAAUGAAACUUAUUUUUUGAACUUUGUAAUACAGGGAACUUGGCUUUCAUAUUUUGCUAAAAGCUUGUAUUUUUCAAAUUGUAUAAGAUUGAAAUUUAAAUUCAGCCCUUACUAGUAAGUGCCUCAUUUUUAAUGCUUCACUUACAAAAUAAGUUUGUGUAAAUUCAUAUUUUUAUUUUGUUUAAGUGUAAAUUUGUAUUACUGCCAAUUUUGAAAAUUACAUCUGUAUAAGCUCAGAUUAUUAUAACUAUAUUUCAUUUUAAUAUAAUUUCAACAUUAGUUUAUUAGGCAAUUUAAUACAUAGGUAUAAUAAAUGCAGUUUUUUUUUAUUGCUAUUUGGUGUUAAUAAUUACUUGGAAAUUUUUUAAGUGUUCAGCAUGUGUAUGAAUUAAAACUUGAUUGUUCCAUGGGAAUUUUUUUUAAUGCAACUGGUUUUGAUUUUGAGUGCUUGGCAUUUAAGACUCAAAAAUCAAGUUUUAAAUUAGUUUUAAAUAUGUUAAAUAUGAUCAUCUUUAUAAUGGUAAUUUAAAAACUGAUAAUGUGUUCUUUGUUUUUAAUUAUGUAGCUUGACAAAUAUGAAUAUACAUAUAUAUUUUUCUUACUUUCUCGUAAAAACUGUAGAUUAACACAUCUAUGCUAUUAUUUGUUUUGAUUUUUGAUCAUUUCUUCAUUCAUUUUGAAAGUUAUUUUCAUUAUGUUGAAUUAACCUUUAUUUUAUUUUUAAUAUGUAUAUGAUAGCUUUAAGAUUUUAAAGUAUUUUUUUAUAUUGAGCUAAAUGAAAAGUUUUGAGUUUUAUAUUGAGUUAUAUUAUACAUGAUAUAAUACUUUUGAUUAAAUAUAUUACAUUUUCAUUGUGAAGAUAACUAAGUUAAUAAAAGUUUAAUCAAUAUUAUUAAAGAUAUUUUUUAUUAUUUUUGUUUUGUUUUACAAAGGUAAAAUGUCUAAUUUCCAUAAUUAUCCUAAUUUAAUAUAAACAAAUAUUUGAGUUUGUUUGGUGUGUCGUACUCUGAAGUAGCAAUGUAAAAUUUUACUUUAUUCUCCAUAGCAAUAGUUUUGUAGUUUCUAUUUUAUUUAAUGGCAAUUUUUAUCAAGUGGCAACAUUGCUAUUUAAUUUUAAGUGAAGUGUAUGGGAUUGGCAUCUAAUCAUCUAAUUAAAUCCUGAAAACUAUUAAUAAAAUUUUUAUCUGAUUAAUUUUAAAACAUGCAAUUUAAUUGAAUAAUUAUUUUUAUAUAUUAUAUUUAUGCUAAAUAAAUGAAAAUUCAGUAAGUUUUUAAAUAUUUUUCUUUUCAUUUGUAUUUCAUUUAACAUUAUAAUUUGAUCAUUAAAUUUGCUAUUUCAUGUUUCAGUUAUAAUCUUUAUCAUUAAUAGUUAAAUAUUAUAAUUAAUGAAUAAUGGUAAUUUUAAAGUAAAUUUAAUGUUUACUAUUAGAACUUAAAAGCUAUUAUAGUGCUUUGCAUGGCAUAUUUACUGCUGUAUAAAUAAACAGAUAGUGUUAGGAUUUGUGUAUUUUUCAGAUUUUUAAAAAUUUUGAGUUUAUAAAAUAUUUUAUUUAAUUUACCUUAUUGAUGAUUUCUGACAUGUAAUCUUUUGAUGAUUACGAGUAACUUAUAAUUUGAGGUUAUAGAUUUUCACAUGGAGAUUAAUUCAGAUGUUGAUGAUGUUGUGGCAGUGCUAUGUUUUUUGUGUUUGUAUAUAUGAAAGAACUGCCUUGAUUGAAAGGUGAUGUUGUAUUUAAGAAAAAUAAUUAGAAUGAGCUUACCACACUUUAAGAAAAUUUAGCACAGAAGUUAUUCACUGCAUAAUGGGAGAAAAAAUUGUGUAUAAAGUAUAAAUAAAUCAAAUGGGAUUGUUAUCAUGCAUAUACAUUUUCAUAGUUAGUAAUUUGUUAAAUUUAUAUUGAUCAAGUUUCUUUUAAAUGUUCUAAGAACAAUUCUUUUAAAUUAAUAAAGUUUAGAAAAACCGAACUUAAAAUAUGUUUUGGAAGUAAAAGGUACAAAAACAUGUUUUAAUUAUGUAAUUUUGUUUGAUUCUAAGAAUCUUUGUAUCUCCUUAUCGUAAUUUGCUUUAAAUGCAAUAUUUAGCAUGGAACUAUAAAAGAAAUUUGGAACUGGAUUCUGGUCAGCAGAUGUGUGUAUUCAGAGUUUCGUGUUCAUAAUCGUGGCUCUGGUCAUUUACAUGUGUAAAAUCUCAAAUCAGGGUCUUUGUCUGUACUGUUAUUUAUCAUUUUUUGAAAAACCUGCUGAAGUUUUAAUCCAUUCCUUAUUAACAGUGAGCAGAUUAUCAAAAUUUAUAUAUAUUUUUAUAAAAUUUUGACAAAAAAAAUUUCACUCAUGCAUUUAUUUUUAUUUUCAUCUCUUCAUGUAUGUGUUCAGUAUAUUUUUAUCUUAAAAAAUAGAUUAUUUCAUUUUCCUGAUUUAGGUAUUUGUGAAUGUUUUUGUAGGAUUUCUUUCGUUUCUUUUAUAGUCAAAACAGUAUAUUUGGAUUGGACCUUUUUUUUUUUUUAAAUGUAAAUAUCGAGGAAUGUUUAAGUAUGAAUUUAUGUGUGCCAAGAAGUUAGUUGUCAUUGAAAAUAGUCAGAUUCUAAAUAAAAAGAAAUAUUAUUUAAUUACUUUUAAUGUUUUAAUUCAUAAUUUUUGUGAAAGAAGACUGAAAUUUGAUAAUCUUCAUCAUUUUUGAAUUAAAUUUCGUUUUAUACUCUUUUGAUUAACAUAUGCUGCAUAUUUUAUUUAAUGUGGACAAAUGAUCUUUAUAUGCUGAUAUCUUAAACUAUUCUCGUGCCUUACUAAUGUCGCACAAUGGUGCAUUUUUGAAUUAUAUAUAUAUUAAUAUGACCUGUUAUCAUUGAGAUUUUUGUGAAAGUAUAUAAUCAUAUUUGUGUAAUAUUUGAGUAUUAAAAUCUGUGUUUGUACAUGCCAAUGUGUAAACCUUAUUUUUGUCGUUUAGUGUUUUAACUUACACUAUAGCAAUACUUAUGUAUAAUUAAAUUUUGUUUAAUAAAGUUUUAUAAUC